UCCGUGCCUGUUACUUUUCUUGCUACAUUUGUCUUAAACAAAACAAAACCCAAACUAUUUCUGAGUUCAGAUUUCUUGUAACUUGCCCGCAAAGCCUCUGUACUAUGCUCCUAUUUUUAUAUCUUAUUCAAUUUGCAUGCUACAAAUCACCAAAAGAGGCGCACACAAACACCAUUGGCACACUGUAGCUAAUCACCUAUACACAUAUCUUUAGUGGGGUUUCUGGGUUAAAAAUUCGAUUGGGUUUUUUUCUGCACUGAUGGCACCGUUGAGAGGAAAUAAAAAGAAAAGGAAAGUCGAGAAGAAGGAUGAAGAAAAUUCUUUGGUUUCUGGGUCUUCUGAAGAGGGCUCUGUUAAUUGGUGGAAUGAUCUAUCAAAGAAAAUUGCUGGUGAACCAUCUCAGUUAAAGGGAUUGGACAAGUUCGAAUCCACUUUCAAAAUGUCGAGAAACACGUUCGACUACAUAUGUUCCCUAGUGAAAGAUCACAUGAUGGUCAAAACACAUUUUUCUUUUUCAAAUGGAAAGCCAUUGUCAUUACAUGACCAGGUAGCUUUAGCUUUGAGAAGGCUAUCUUCGGGAAAUUCAUUAAUCUCAGUCGGUGAGUCAUUUGGGGUGCACCAUUCAACCGUCUCUCAAGUGACCUGGCGUUUUAUCGAGGCCAUUGAAGAAAACGGACUUCACCACCUCCGCUGGCCUUCCACUGAACGUGAGAUAACUGAGAUUCAGAACAAGUUUGAAAAAAUUCGAGGCCUUCCAAAUUGUUGUGGCGUGAUUGAUACCACACACAUAAAAAUGAUGUUAACAUCGUCUGAUCAAGGAGCCGAAAUGUGGCUUGAUCGCAAGGAGAAUCACAGUAUGAUCCUGCAGGUGAUUGUGGAUUCUGAUUUGAGGUUCCGGGACAUAGUCACUGGAUGGCCGGGAAAGAUGAACGAAUACUCGGUUCUCCAGAGUUCCAGUUUCUUCAAACUAUGUCAGGAAGGAGAGAGAUUGAACGGGAAGAAAAUAACUUUGUCAGAACUAACAGAAGUUGGGGAAUAUAUAAUAGGUGAUACAGGAUUUCCAUUGCUGCCUUGGCUCUUGACUCCUUACCAAGGUAAAGAACUUUCAGAAUCCAAAGUCGAGUUCAAUAAGAGGCUCUCCACGACUCACACUGUUGCAAAGAGGGCAUUGGCAAGGCUGAAGGAAGGAUGGAAAAUGAUUCAAGGAGAUAUGUGGAGACCUGACAAGCACAAGUUACCAAGGUUUAUUUUCGUAUGCUGCAUUCUCCACAAUAUUGUUAUAGACAUGGAAGAUGAGGUUUCAGACGAAGUGCCUUCAUCUCACCACCACGAUCCAGGAUAUAGGAACGAGGUUUGUGAAUUCGUCGACGAGUCUGCUUCGAGUUUUAGGGACAAGCUAUGUUUGCAUUUAUCUGGGAGUCUGCAUUCCUAAGUCAAUCUUACCUGUGAUGGAGUUACUUCCUGGCUUCUACUGAAAGUACAGUUAAAUAAAAUAGGAGAAUCCAAGGAGAAAAAGAAAGUGAUUUUUAAUUUUCAUUCAGGAAUUCACCUUUUUUUUUUUUAAAAAAAAAAUUAAGUUUCAGAAUGUUAAAUACUUGAUUUUGCAAUUGCUACAGAGAUCUUGGAGACUA